UAGAUGUUCCUUGCAGCCUUGUCCUUCGCCUACUUUGCCAAGGCUUUAUCUGGCAGCUAUAUGAAGAGCACAAUUACACAACUAGAGAGGCGAUUCGAUAUCCCCAGUUAUCUGAUCGGCAUCAUAGACGGCAGCUUUGAAAUAGGAAAUUUGUUGGUGAUUGCCUUUGUGAGCUAUUUUGGUGCCAAACUCCACCGACCCAAGAUCAUAGCAAUCGGAUGUGUAUUGAUGUCUUUCGGGACCUUUUUGAUCGCCAUGCCUCAUUUCAUCAUUGGCCGCUAUAAGAUCGAAACAUCAGUUAGAUCUUCAGUGAAUUCAACCAAUAACCUCUCUCCAUGUCCAGAAAGCUCACCUGAGUCCACCAGGGCAGGUGACAGACCCUCUUUACUGCCCCCUAGAGGAUGUGAGCGAGAGUCAAGUGUUUCGAUGUGGAUCUACGUGUUUCUGGGAAAUGUCCUGCGUGGUAUUGGAGAGACUCCAGUACAGCCUUUGGGAAUCUCCUACAUUGACGACUACUCACAGUCCGAGAACGCUGCCCUCUAUAUUGGAUGUGUUCAAACCAUAUCAGUUAUUGGUCCUGUCUUUGGGUACCUGCUGGGGUCGCUGUGUGCCAAGAUCUACGUUGACAUCGGCUAUGUUGACAUGGAGACGGUGACUAUUACCCCUGCUGAUGCCCGCUGGGUGGGGGCGUGGUGGCUGGGCUACCUCAUCGCUGGUACCAUCACCCUCAUGUCUGCCGUUCCUUUCUGGUUCCUGCCUAAAUCACUGCCCAUGCCUGUGGAUAAACACGACACCAGCUGCACCCCAGAGCAAACCAGGUUCAUCAAAGAUUCCCCAACCAUGGUGCACAAGUUCAGACCUGAGGAGCCGGCUAAUUUACAUCAGAUGGCCAAAGAUUUUGUGCCCACAGUGAAGAGUCUCCUUGGAAAUCCUGUGUACAUCAUCUACUUAUGCGUGACCAUCAUUCAGUUCAACUCUCUCAUCGGGAUGGUCACCUACAAACCCAAAUACAUUGAGCAACACUAUGGCCAGUCAGCAUCAAAAGCCAAUUUUCUCAUGGGCAUGAUCAACAUCCCAGCUGUGGCCCUGGGGAUGUUCUCUGGAGGGGUCAUCAUGAAGAAGUACAAGCUGGGUAUCAUGGGAGCAGCUAAAUUUGCCUUCGGGACCUCCCUGCUGGGCUACUUCCUGUCGCUCUUUUUCUUCGCCAUGGGCUGUGAGAACUCCAAGGUGGCAGGCAUCACAGUUCCAUACACCGGAGUGGAAGGCUUGCCUUAUCAGGAACCGUCCCUCUUCUCUGACUGUAAUUCGGGUUGCUUGUGUUCGAGGAGGGAGUGGGAUCCGGUGUGUGGAGAGAACGGGAUCACCUACGUGUCCCCGUGCUUGGCUGGAUGCACCUCCUCCACUGGCUCUGGCAGAAAUACGGUGUUUGACCAUUGCAGGUGUGUGGCGCUCACUGAUGCCAAACCAGGAAACCUGACGGCCAUUCUGGGUCAGUGUCCACGUCGAGACAGCUGUGACAAAAUCUUCCCUUACUUCCUGGCUCUGUCCGUCCUCAGCUCCUUCAUCAUCUCUCUUGGGGGAACACCAGGCUUCGUGCUGCUCGUCAGGUGCAUUAAACCUGAGCUGAAAUCUCUUGCUCUUGGAAUCCACACGUUGGCCACUCGCACCCUGGCUGGAAUACCUGCACCUAUAUACUUCGGAGCCAUAAUCGACACAACAUGCCUCAAAUGGGCGUACAAGAUGUGCGGAGGAAGAGGAGCAUGCAGGAUAUAUAACACCUCAGCUUACAGGAUCGUGUACCUGGGCCUGACGCUUGGCUUGAGGACAGUCUCCUUCUUCCUGUGUAUUUCAGGCUUUGCUCUGCUCAAAAGACAUAUUAAGAGGGAGGAGAAGUAUGCUCUGACCAAUGGGAGUGCGGAGUUGGAGUCACUGAGGAAAGAGGAGAACAGCUCCACACACUGUGAGCAGUUCAUGCUGGCCUCGGACUGCAAUCCUGACAGAGAGACUCGCUUGUGA